CCAGAUAACAGCUAGGAGUCGCUACAGGCAAAAAGUUGUGGGCAGCAGCCAGUGUGAGUCGCACCUUGACGCGGCGCACCACACGCACGCACCGAGGUCCAUCUGUAGGCUGGUCCCACACAUGGGCUCCGCUACCCCCACACAGAGAGCGCGUGGGUCUUAAAGGAGAGAUGUGGCUGACGGUGGUGUUGGCGGCGGUGGUGGCGCUGCUGAUGCUGGUGGUGUACGCGGCGACGCACCAGCCCGACCGCCGAGGGAUGCCGCCGGGACCCAAGGGCCUCCCGCUCGUCGGCAACCUCUUCGACCUUCUCUGGGAGGACUCCAUCACCUUCUUCAGCAGGUUGGCAGAGGAGCACGGUCCGCUGUACAGCGUCCAGCUGGGUCUCCGGCGUGUGGUGGUGAUCAACUCCUCCCACUGGUUGACUCAGGCCUUCGUCAGGCAGGGAGACAUGUUCAACCACCGUCCCAGGGGCACCGUCCUUAGCUUCAUCAUGGGAGGCAAAGGCAUCGCUGACGCGGAGGACCGAGUGUGGCGGGAGUCUCGACGCUUCACCCUCCACGUCCUGAGGGACUUCGGCAUGGGCAAGAGCUCCGUCGAGGCCUACGUCAACCGGGAGCUGCAGGACUUCCUCGAGGCCACGCAGAAAAAAGUUGGGAAGCCUUACAAUCUGCACCAUGACCUAGCCACCUCUGUGCUCAACAUAGUGUGGCACAUGUUCGUGGGUGAGCGGUUUCCCAUGGGAGACAAGAAUUUGAAGUGGAUCAUUGACUCCCUCGAGAUGUCUCUAACACUGGUCGAGCAAGGAGGCUUCCUCAACUACACCCCUUUAUUACAAUUCAUUGGGACUUUUAUCAAACCAAAGGCGUUCAAGGUGGGGCUCAGUGUGAAGCACCGCCUCGACUACUUCACGGAACUCAUCGAGAAGCACAAAGCCAACCUGGACAACCCUGAGCGAGGCUUUGAUUUCAUCUACCAGUUCCUGCUGGAGCAGCGGCGGCAGCUGCAGCAGGGCAACUCAGACACAAUAUUCACUGACAAUCAGUUGAAGUGGCUGCUGAGCGACCUGUUCAUCGUGGGUCUGGACACCACCGUCACCACCCUCCGCUGGUGCUUCCUCUUCCUCCUGCGUCACCCGCACCUCCAGGACGCCCUCUUCCACGAGAUCGAGGCAAACAUCGGCACUGAACGCCUACCAACGUACGAGGACCGGCUCAGGAUGCCCUACACGGAGGCGUUCAUGACGGAAGUGUUCCGGUUCGGAUCCAUCACGCCCCUCGCCCUCCACGGCAACCCCGAGGAGACGACCUUGGAUGGCUACCGCAUUCCUAAGAGGACCUGGAUCAUUGGCAACAUCUGGGGCAUCCACUGGGAUAAGAAGGUGUGGAGCGACCCGGAAAACUUCCGGCCAGAGAGGUUCUUGGACGAGAACGGCCAAGUGAUCCGCUCCGAACACGUUCUGCCCUUCUCUGUGGGGCGGCGCAACUGCCUGGGCGAAUCCUUAGCAAGGAUUGAGGCCUUUCAGUUCCUGACGGGAAUGCUGCAGAGGUACACGUUCAGCGUCCCCGAAGGUCUCGCCCGCCCCUCGACCAGCUUCCACUGUGGCGUCACCCUCAACCCCCACGAGUUCGAGGUCGUCCUCACUGAAAGAUCGGCCAAAGCUGCCUAGACGCGCGAUGACAGAGGAGCCUAUAGCGAGACGGGUGGACGGAGGGACUAUAGCGAGACGGGUGUAAUGUAUAAUAUAUAUAUAUAUAU